AUGGCAAACUUCAAGGGCCACGCGCUUCCAGGCAGUUUCUUCCUGCUCUUUGGGCUCUGGUGGUCCGUGAAAUACCCGCUGAGGCAUCUCAGCCAGAGAGCAAGUAAGAAGGCCCAAGGAAAUCACUGUUUCCAGCGUGCGGAUGCCAUCGAAGGCGGUGUCAAAAUCGCCUUUGCUUUAAUAGGGAUGCUGGCGGAGCAGUUCGUCCCCGACGGCCCGCACCUCUAUCUCUACAGCGGGGAGAAGCGCGACUGGGUGAAGCUGAUGAACUGGCAGCACACCACCAUGUACCUCUUCUAUGGCCUCUCGGGGAUGGUGGACGUCCUCACAUACGUCUUCCAGGCGGUGCCGCUGGGCCUGGAUCGCCUCAUGCUCUCCUUGGCUGUGUUUGUUGAAGGAUUUCUCUUCUACUACCACGUCCUUCACCGGCCCAUGCUGGAUCAGCAUAUCCACUCCCUGCUGCUCAUCGCCAUAUUUUCAGGAGCCUUCAGCACCUUGCUGGAGGUCUUCCUCCGCGAUAACAUCGUCCUGGAGCUCUUCAGAGCUGGCAUCACCAUCAUCCAGGGAACGUGGUUUUGGCAGAUCGGGGUGGUGCUGUUCCAGCCCUGGGGAGGCCCAAUGUGGGACGAGAAAGACCACGACAACGUCAUGUUCCUCACCAUGUGCUUCUUCUGGCACUGGGCAGGCGCGGUGCUCCUCCUCACCAUCAACUACGCGCUCGUGUGCUGCUGCGUCCAGAGGUGCAGCAGGAUCGGUGGAGAUCUGUACAUCGGGCUGGGAGUGCGGCAGCCCAAGCGGGACGCGGGCUCCCGCGCGGCCUUCUUGAACGCGUCCGAUGAAGAGUGA